GUGUAUAAUUUCACAGAUAAUACAUGGUUUGCGAGGUUUGAUGCACCAAAAUACAUGGCGAAUUCACAUUUAGGAGUGGCCAGUGAUGGGAGAUACAUAUAUGUGGUGUCAGGUCAGUAUGGCCCCCAAUGUAGAGGCCCCACUUCUGCAACUUAUGUUCUUGAUACUCAGACAAGGCAAUGGCAUGACUUUCCUCCUUUACCUGUCCCUAGGCAAGUCACUCUCGUUCGUAUUUACAUGGAUCACACCAUACUUUAUGAAUUUCCAUAACACUGCAGCUUUCAACAAUUGAAAAUUUUAGGUACGCUCCUGCAACUCAGCUGUGGAGAGGCCGACUCCAUGUGAUGGGGGGCAGCAAAGAAAACCGCCACACGCCUGGAUUGGAGCAUUGGAGUAUAGCUGUAAAAGAUGGCAAUGCAUUGGAGAAAAACUGGCGGUCCGAGAUCCCGAUUCCUCGUGGAGGACCACACAGGUCUCGCUACUGCUCUUUCAGAGACAUUCUUUCAAGAUUCCCUUCCCUACCCGUCCCCUCCCAACCUCCCUUUUUAACAUGAUCUAAUCAUGCAACCCAACGUUUUAACAGAGCUUGUGUUGUGUACAAUGAUCGGCUGUUUGUAAUCGGUGGUCAAGAGGGAGAUUUUAUGGCAAAACCUGGAUCUCCUAUCUUCAAAUGUUCUCGCAGGAAUGAGGUAUGUUACAGCUAGUUAAUGGAGAUUUUAUGGCAUGUUUUUCUAUGUUUGAUGUUCCAUUUUCUUGGCUUUUCUCAACCUAUAUUCAUUAUCUUCAGGUGGUGUACGGUGAUGUUUACUUGCUAGAAGGUGAAAUGAAGAAAUGGAAAGUCUUACCUCCAAUGCCAAAACCAAACUCCCAUAUAGAAUGUUCUUGGGUGAUUGUCAACAACUCAAUCAUAAUUACAGGCGGUACAACAGAAAAGCAUCCAGUGAACAAGAGGAUGAUACUUGUUGGGGAGGUUUUUCAGUUUAAUUUAGACUCGCUGACUUGGUCAGUGAUUGGAAAGCUUCCUUACAGGGUGAAGACUACCCUAGCUGCUUUCUGGGAUGGAUAUUUGUAUUUUACAUCAGGGCAACGAGACAGAGGACCAGUUAAUCCACAGCCGAUGAAGGUCGUUGGAGAGAUGUAUAGAGCCAAAAUUAACGUCUGA